UUCUCCCAUUCUUUAAUCAAUUUUUCACAUGUUGACACAUAAAUUGCUAUUUUGCUGACAAAGGGUGCAUCCGUAUUUUUGUACCGUAUCAAACUUUACUAUCACUUCGUUGCAAAAAUCAGGAGAAACGCCAAGGAUAAAGCAUUUCGGCACAUUAUUCUUGCUUGGCGAACAUAGUGCGCUAUCCUGUUCCGUUUGGGCUCCACUAGGCGUAUCCCAGUGUACUUCGGGCCAUCGAAGUGUAUCCCAUUUCCUCUCACCGUUACUGAUAGCAGAAAGUCAAGUGCAUGAUGGAGAACAACGGCACUGGCGACGAACAGCAGCAUCAAGCAGGCCAGCAACCACCACUGUUCGACAAUGUCGACAUCACCUCGCCGGAUGAUGAAAAUGAGAACGAUAUCUUCGAAUCGGCCAUUCAGGAGCCACUUUCCCCCGUGCUGGAAGACGUUCCAACGGAUGAGGCAGGUGACAUGUUCGUCGAAAUCUCGGUGUCCGAACCUCAGAAGGUUGGCGAUGGCAUGGGUUCAUAUCUGGCGUACAAGGUUGCCACCAAAACGAAUAUACUCAAGUUCAAGAAGCGACAGUUUUUCACAAUGCGCCGCUUCAGUGAUUUCCUCGGGCUGCACGAUCUGCUCGUCAGCAAGUAUCUUCGACUUGGGCGUAUCAUACCCCCGGCACCAGAGAAGAACAUCAUCGGUUCCACCAAAGUGAAAAUGAGCAGUCAACCGCAAAGUGAUCCCGGCACCGGGCUGAAUCUAGAAUGGGUGGAGAACCGGCGUGCUUCGUUGGAACGUUUUCUGAAUCGCGUAGCACAGCAUCCGUUCCUCUGUCAGGAUAGUGAUUUCAUAAAUUUCCUGGAAAGUGACCAGGAACUGCCUCGGGCCCUUAACACGGCCGCUCUGAGCGGGGCCGGUGUUAUGAGACUAUUCAACAAGGUUGGUGAGACGGUGAAUAAAAUUACCUACAAAAUGGACGAAACAGAUCCGUGGUUUAACGAUAAAAUCAACGAAGUAGAAACAAUCGACGCACACAUGCAGAAGCUCCAUUCGGCGAUCAAAGCGCUGGUCACACAUCGUCGGGAACUGGCCACGUUGACAGGAGGUGUAGCAAAAUCGGCUGCUCUAUUGAGUACAUGUGAGGAACAUACAGGUUUAUCACAAGCUCUCUCGCAGCUUGCCGACGUUGAGGAAAAGGUAGAGUUACUGCGCUCGGAGCAAGCCAAUUCAGAUCUGUACAUUUUGUCGGAAACAAUCAAAGACUACAUUGGACUGUUUGGAGCAAUAAAGGAUGUGUUCCACGAGCGAGUUAAAGUAUUCCAAAACUGGCAGCACGCUCAAAUGCAGUUAACCAAGAAGCGAGAAAACAAAGCCAAACUGGAGCUUCAGGAGCGGAGAGAUAAGUUGGAUUUGGCACAGAAGGAAGUUGAAGAGUGGGAAGGGAAAGUGCAGCGCUGCCAGAAGGAAUUCGACAAUAUUUCCAACGAAAUUAAGAAAGAAAUGGAGCGCUUCGAAUUGGCGCGUGCACGAGAUUUCAAGUCGACUAUUAUAAAGUAUCUCGAGGAUCAGAUGGCACACCAACAACAGCAAAUGAAAUACUGGGAGGCGAUACUGCCAGUCGCGAAAGAAAUUGCAUGAGACGAACUGAACGCCUCGAAUGGGAGCUAUGCCGAACAUGAAAACAACAGCAGAAAGUUGGCGAAUUCUCUCCGCCUUUCGAUCAAUCUCGCCGACGCCAACGCUAGAAUUUCGUAGAUUUUUUUUUUUAUUUUCUGUUCGAUAUAUUUCAGCAUUCACAACCAAUCAGUAACAGCGGUAGACCAGUUUUUUUUUACUUUGAUUUGUAAAUCAUUGUUAAUACGUUUGUUAUGCAUCUUCGCAUAGAUUAUUUCGUUUUUCUCCGGUAGAAACGCAGAGAUGAGCAAAAUGACCAACGUUGUUAAUCGUUGUAGAGAUAUGUUGUAAUUAUCCUGGAAGCGUUGUGUAAAUAAUUGUUUACCUCUCGCUAGGCUCAGAGCUCGGGUAGUGAAAGACCAAAAGGGACAUAUCACGCAAAUGCUGAUAUUAAUCCGUGAACUAGAAAGUGUAAAUAUAUGGUAUCGUUAGAAGUGAUUCCUCUCCUGCCCACACCACAAGAUUGAAAUUUUGCGUAGCAUGACAAAAUUAUUCUUGAGCUUGAAAACAGACGAGAUAUUCCCGAUUGCACUGAUUCUUCAUUUUCUACGAAAAAGAUGUGGUAUGUAGCGGUAAAGUAGCGAGAUAAGAUUAAUGGGUAGCAUUUGAUAAAGCUUGAUCUUCUCAAAUAUUAACUUUUCUUUUGCGAUUUGUAGAUUUAUAAAAAUAAAAUAUUGAGUAGUGGGUGAGUAGGAAAAUACUGCUAUGUGAAUCAUUGAGAGUGAAGUUUUGGCAAACAGUGAAUAUCUUUUCCACACGUUAGCGAAAAGGAAAAAGUAAUAAACUUACAAUCCAUGUUAUAGAAAAAUUGAUCCUAUAGUAAGGGUGAAAACGAGAUAGGGUAACAUUUACGAUUUGUCUCUACUUUGCAUGCAUUUAAAAUCUCGAUCUGAUUGUUUUUGUAAGUGUCAGGUUUUUUUUAUUGAUCUUAUUACACGUGCGAGUCAACCGUAGAACCAUUGCGUCCGAGUUAAACAAUCAUCCGUGCAUUCUGACAUGUGAAAACUGAUAAGUGCAUGACGAUAAUAAUUGAGUGAACAAACCCAGAGCAUUCCAAAUUAUGUUUAUAUAUAAAUGUUACUAUAAAACGCAUACAACGUUUUCUUCUGCAAUAGAAUGGUGUAAUAGAAGAAUGAUACAGAUAUCUCAAGCGCCUCCGAUUCGUUAUAACCGAGAGAUUAGUAUGGAAUGGCCAGUGAAAAUCGCGCCAACUGAACACGUAUUUUUCUUUAAACAUCUUUGUAGAUUUGCUGUUAUAAUUUACUCUAGCUUACGAUUGUUCUUUCCUAUGUGCUAUGUACACUAGCGUGAUACUUGAUAAUUGUCUAUAUUUCAUAAAAAAAGGAAACAAAGAAUAAAUUAUUGUUAAUUAUUUCACUUUGAAAAGUAUAUAUAUGAGAGCUAUAAAAAUAAACAUUAGGUAAUCGAAACGCA